GGGCGGCAUCAUCUUAUUCGCUGUACAUGCACGUUUAAAUUUGGGAGUUCCUGGCCUAUUCUCUUUUGCGUUCUCACCCACUCGCUUAUUCAGAUUCUUUCUCUCUCGCCUGGAUGUCUGAACCAGUUAUUCAUCCGCUCUGAGGAACUCUGCUAGGGUGGAGGCUUUGAGGCCGGCUGUACCAGUCACACUGUGUCAGUUUGUCUCGAUCUCCCCUCUCUCUCACUCUCUCAUUCUCACUCCCUCUCUCUCUAUCUCUCUCUAUCUCUCUCUCUCUCUGGCCACUCACGCUCUCUCUCUCUCCCUCCCUCUCGUUCUCUCUGCCGUCUCUCUCUCUCUUUCUUUCUCUCUCUCUCUCUCUCUCUGUCUGGGGGUGACAUUUCUGCCCUGUGCCUGGCUCAUCUGCAACAGAAAGGAUCAGGAGCGGUCUCCUGCUGGAGUGCUGGUUUUAUGGUUCCCGUGUGACUGGAGGACAGUAGCAGGUAGUGUAAAUAGGAGAAGGAAUGGCGAUCACAAUGCUAAAGGAAGUAGUAUCCAACAUCUUGAAAUUCCAUGAAUAUCUUGUGGAGCGAACAGAUGCCAGAGUGAAGGACUACCCACUGAUGCAGGCCCCUGUACAAAUGACUUCAAUUCUGAUGGGCUACGUCUUCGUAAUGCUGUAUGUGGGACCACGCUGCAUGGCCAAACGCAAGCCUUUCCAACUCAAAGAAGCCAUGAUCAUCUAUAACUUUUCAAUGGUGGCCUUCAAUGCCUAUAUUGUCUAUGAGUUCCUGAUGUCAGGAUGGGGCACGACCUACACGUGGCGAUGUGACCUGUGCGACUUCUCAAGCAGCCCUGAAGCACUCAGAAUGAUUCGGGUAUCCUGGUUAUUUUAUUUCUCUAAAUAUGUUGAACUUUUGGACACGAUGUUCUUUGUACUGCGGAAGAAGCACAGCCAGAUCACAUUCCUGCACAUCUUUCACCACUCCUUCAUGCCUUGGACCUGGUGGUGGGGAAUCACCUUGACACCUGUAGGAGGAAUGGGCUCUUUGCACGCCAUGAUCAAUGCCAUUGUCCAUGUUAUCAUGUACUUCUACUAUGGCCUCUCUGCUGCUGGACCCAGGUUCCAGAAGUUUCUCUGGUGGAAAAAAUACUUGACCGCAAUACAGCUGUUCCAGUUUGUGCUGGUGUCAGUCCACAUCUCCCAGUACUACUUCAUGGAAAAGUGCGACUACCAUGUCCCCUUAUUUAUCCACCUCAUCUGGAUCUACGGCACCUUCUUCUUUGUGCUUUUCUCAAACUUCUGGAUUAAGGCCUACAUCAAGGGCCAGCGACUACCCAAGAGGAUGGAGGAAACGGAUUGCUCAAAGCAGAACGGCACGGCAGCCAAGAUCGAAUCGAACGGCACCCACACAGAGAACGGGGUCGCGCACCAUGUAAAUGGUAAUUCCCUCCAUGGGAAAGUGAAGGAAGUCUGAGUUUCAACCCGGAGAGAGUACACUUUAAAACAUUUUUUUCUUUUUUUUUUUAACCCACAAGAACACCAUGGAUUGUCCCCCGUUUACCUUUUUUUUUUUUCGGUUCCCAAAUGUGUUCUGUUGUUUGACAAAUGGGAGAUAUGUUCUGCAGUCCUUCCACCUUGGUGUUCUUUGGUAAUGGGGACCAUGUGGAGCACGACGUAUGAAAAGAGGACCUCCACCUGAAGUCAUCUUCACGGAUUCUGCCUCUGAACCCAGGGGGAAAAAAAACUGCUGGUCUAGGCCCCCCCACUGAGACUCUCCUUGCCUGAUCUAUGCCCCUCCCAUUUGGCAGGUAUGACUGGCAGAUCAGAGAGCGCGGUCGCACCGUUCCUGUCGAUAACUUGAACUCGAUUUGUAAAUAACUUCAGUCAUUAACCAGUAGGAAUGGUUUGGCUGAGACCUGAUAGAUUUUGCUACUGUAUGUAAAGAUAAAUGCAACGAUGCCAAAAUAAAACUAAUUUUAAAUUAA